AUGGCUGCCAGAGCAAAGCAAAGAGCCCAGAGCAGCAGGAGAGGGCAGACUCCCCCGGACCCAGCAAUCACGGAGGCAGGAGAGGGCAGACUCCCCUGGACCCAGCUGUGUCUCCAUGAAGACAUCAGGGGCAACCUGCUUCCCUCUGCUCGCAUCUGGAUAACCACACACCCUGUGGCAGCCAAUCAGAUCCCUGCCGAGUAUGUUGACGUGGUGACAGAGGUCAGAGGAUUCACCGACCCACAGAAGGAGGAGUACUUCAGGAAGAGAUUCAGAGAGGAGACACUGGCCAGCACAAUCAUCUCCCAAGUCAAGAAAUCAAGAAGCCUCCACAUCAUGUGUCACAUCCCAGUCUUCUGUUGGAUCACUGCUACAGUUCUGGAGGACAUCAUCAAAACAUCCAAGAUAGGAGAAGAGACUCCCAAUACCGUGACUCAGAUAUACUGCCGCUUCCUGAGGGUUCAGUCCAUGCAGGGGGACAGGAAGUAUCGUUCGACAGCUGAAACAGAUACACACUGGAGUUCACAGAGCAGGCAGAUCAUUUUUUUCUUGGGAAAACUGGCUUUUAACCAGCUGGAGAGUGGCAAUCUGAUCUUUUACGAGAAAGACCUGGCAGAGUGUAAAGAAUAUAGCGACGAAGCCACAGUGUACUCAGGAUUGAUCACCCAGAAAGACAACAAGUGUGUGCUGUACCAGGACAAGGAGUUCUGCUUGGUCCAUCUGAGCCUCCAGGACUUUCUGGCUGCUCUUUAUGUCUUGCGGUCCUUCAACUACACUGGUGUCAAUCUGCUCUUAGAAGAACAACCAACCUCCGGUGAUGAUAAACUCCUCCUCCUCUACCAGAGUGCUGUGGAUAAGGCCUUAGAGAGUAAGAACGGACACCUGGACUUGUUCCUCCGCUUCCUCCUGGGCCUCACUCUGGAGCCCAAUCAGAUUCUCCUACAAGAUCUGCUGGGACAGACAGUAGCUAGUAGCUCGCAUACCAACAAGGAAAUCGUGUCUUACAUCAAGGGCAAGAUAGGUGGAGAUCUCUCUCCAGAGAGAAGCAUCAAUCUGUUCCACUGUCUGAAUGAGUUGAAUGACCGUUCUCUAGUGGAGGACAUCCAACAGUCCCUGACAUCAGGAAGUCUCUUCGAAACACAUGUCUCUCCUGCUCAGUGGUCAGCUUUGGUCUUCAUCUUACUGUCAUCAGAAGAGGAGCUGGAUGUUUUUCACCUAAAGGAAUACUCUUCUUCAGAGGAGGGACUUCUGAGGCUGCUGCCAGUGGUCAAAGCCUACAAAACAUCUCUGCUGAAUGACUGUGGUCUGUCAGAGGAAUGCUGUGAAGCUCUGGCCUCAGUUCUCAGCUCCAACUCCUCUAGUCUGAGAGAGCUGGACCUGAGUUCCAAUGAUCUGAAGGAUUCAGGAGUGAAGCUGCUCUCUGCUGGAAUGGGGAGUCCACACUGUACACUGGAAACUCUCAGGCUGAAUGGCUGUCAUCUAUCAGAGAGUUGCUGUGAAGGUCUGGCCUCAGUUCUCUGCUCCAACUCCUCUAGUCUGAGAGAGCUGGACCUGAGUACCAAUGACCUGCAGGAUUCAGAUAAGUCCCACCCGUGA